AUGGCGAAAACUUACUUCAUGGUGCUGGUCAUAGCACUAUGGACGGUAACGCUAUGUUUCAGUGCAGAAUCAAACAUUCGUAUUGUGAAGGCAACUAGUGAAACCCUCGAAGAGGCAACGAAGAAGGUCUCCGAAAAAGAAACAAAAGUAGAAAAAAGAAAAGCUGAUAGUGGGAACAUCCCUCCUCCCCCUCUGUACAGCUUACCCGGAGAUCAAUCUCUCCCUGUUCAGCCUUUACCCUUGGAGGCAUUUCAGCAGUCGACCGGUCAGCUAAGUACGGGAUUCAGCGGACCUCCUCUGGACAUUCCACAACCUAGCUCAACAUAUUUUCCACCAACUGCGCCUCAUGGGUCUGCUGUCAGUGGUCCUAACGUCGUCAGUUUUGGUUUAGCUGAUGCUGUCACUCCUUCCAGUGGAUACAAGACACCCAUAUCUACUCCUAACCCGGGAUAUGCCGCUCCAACAGGCAGUACUGCAGGAAGCCUUGGCUCUUUUGCUGCAGGAACCGGAAACAUUCUCGGUGGUGAAGUGCCUGGAGCAGCCCCAUUUACUCCAAGUCAACCAUAUAGUCCUCCAUCGGGUUCUUUUAGCCAGUCCUUUAGCGUACCAACAGGGUCAAGUCAGUCCUAUAAUGCAGGAGGAAUAAUUAUUACUAUUGCAGGUAGUAAUGGUGUUGGAGGAGGUGGAAUAGGAGGAUAUGGAGGAGAUGUGUCAGUUGGGGAGGGGGGAGGUGUAGGAGGAUUUGGAAGUGGAGUUUCUCAUGUAAAGGAUGAUGGAUAUGCAGGAAGUGCAGGAGUAGGACUUGGAGGAGGAGGAGGAGGAGAUAUUUUUGUCGGAAGUGGUGGAGGAGUAGGAGGAUUUGGAAGUGGAGUAUCUGCAGGAAAGGGUGCUGGAUAUGCAGGAAGUGCCGGAGUAGGACUGGGAGGAGGAGGAGGAGGAGGAGAUAUUUUUGUCGGGAGUGGUGGAGGAGUAGGAGGCUUUGGAAGUGGAGUAUCUGCAGGAAAGGGUGCUGGAUAUGCAGGAAGUGCCGGAGUAGGACUGGGAGGAGGAGGAGGAGGAGGAGGAGAUAUUUUUGUCGGGAGUGGUGGAGGAGUAGGAGGCUUUGGAAGUGGAGUAUCUGCAGGAAAGGGUGCUGGAUAUGCAGGAAGUGCCGGAGUAGGACUGGGAGGAGGAGGAGGAGGAGGAGGAGAUAUUUUUGUCGGGAGUGGUGGAGGAGUAGGAGGCUUUGGAAGUGGAGUAUCUGCAGGAAAGGGUGCUGGAUAUGCAGGAAGUGCCGGAGUAGGACUGGGAGGAGGAGGAGGAGGAGGAGAUAUUUUUGUCGGGAGUGGUGGAGGAGUAGGAGGCUUUGGAAGUGGAGUAUCUGCAGGAAAGGGUGCUGGAUAUGCAGGAAGUGCCGGAGUAGGACUGGGAGGAGGAGGAGGAGGAAAUACUUUUGUCGGGAGUGGUGGAGGAUUUGGAGGUGGAGUAUCUGUGGGAAAAGGUGCUGGGAGGAGGAGGAGAUAUCGUGGAGCAUCUGUAGGAAAGGGUGCUGGAUAUGCAGGCAGUGCUGGAGUAGGACUGGGAGGAGGAGGAGGAGAUAUUUUUGUUGGGAGUGGUGGAGGAGUUGGAGGAAUUGGAGGUGGAGUAUCUGUAGGAAAAGGUGCUGGAUAUGCAGGAAGUGCAGGAGUAGGACUUGGAGGAGGAGGAGGAGAUAUCUUUGUUGGGAGUGGUGGAGGAGUAGGAGGAAUUGGAGAUGGAGUAUCUGUAGGAAAAGGUGCUGGAUAUGCAGGAAGUGCAGGAGUAGGAAUUGGAGGAGGAGGAGGAGAUAUCUUUGUUGGGAGUGGUGGAGGAGUAGGAGGAUUUGGAGAUGGAGUAUCUGUAGGAAAAGGUGCUGGAUAUGCAGGAAGUGCCGGAGUAGGACUUGGAGGCGGAGGAGGAGGAGGAGAUAUUUUUGUUGGGAGUGGGAGAGGAGUAGGAGGAUUUGGAAGUGGAGUUUCUGUAGGAAUGGGUGAUGGAUAUGCAGGAAGUGCAGGAGUAGGACUGGGAGGAAGAGGAGGAGGAGGAGAUAUUUUUGUUGGGAGUGGGGGAGGAGUAGGAGGAUUUGGAAGUGGAGUGUCUGUAGGAAAGGGUGGUGGAUAUGCAGGCAGUGCAGCUGUUAGUGCAGGAUUAGGACUUGGAGGGAGUGAUAUAGUUGGUGGUGGUGGUGGUGGAGGCUAUGAUGACUCUGCAGGUAUUAGCGGGGGAGGUUUAGGAUCUGGUUUGUCCCAUAGUCAUGGUGGUACUGGAGGACUUGGCGGUAGUGGAGGAGGGUAUGGAGGUGGAUUAGGAGUGAGCUCUGGAGUGGGAUUUGGAGGAGUGUCUGGUGGUCUUGGAGGAGGAAGCUUAGGUGUGAUAUCCAGUGGAAAAGGCGGAGGAGGAGGAUAUGGAAGUGGUUCUAUUGGUGUUGUUGGAGGAGGAGGAGGAGGAUUAAAAGGUGGAAUAUCAAUUGGAAAAGGUGGGGGAGGAGGGUUUGAAAGUAGUUCCUUUGGUGGUGGAGGGGGAGGUUUAGGAGGAGGGAUACCACCUGGAAAAGGAAUUGGGGGAGGGUAUGGAGGUGGUUUAGCUAAUGUUGGUGGAGGAGGCAGUGGUAUAGCUAUUGGAAAAGGUGCAGGAUUUGGAGUUAGUAGUGGAGGAGGACUAGGUGGUAGUGGAUUUGGUAUAAGUGGAGGAAGUAGUUAUGGAGGAAGUGCUCAUGGAACAGGGGAAGGGUUUGGAAGCAGUUUGUCUGUUGGAGGAGGGAGUAGUUAUGCGGAUGCUGCUGUUAGUGGAGGAGACUUUGGACAUGGAGGUAUUGGGCAUACUACUGGAGGAAGUGGAGUAGGUUAUGGAGACAGUUCUGUUGGUGGAGGAGGGAGUCUUGGGAUUGGUGGAAUAAAUGUAGGAUUUGGAGACAGUGCUCAUGUCAGUGGAGGGGGAGGGGUUUUAGGAGGAGGUGGAAGUUAUGGUGGGGGGCCAGUUGGUGUUGGAGGAGGAGGAGGAGGUUUUGGAGGAUUUUCUGGUGGUACAGGUGGUGUCAUUGGUGGUGUGAUAGCAUCACCGGUUUCUGGUGUUCCAAGCUCAUCAUAUGGAGCACCAGGAAAUGCUGUCAGCGCCUUUGGAGGAUCAGGUCUCGGGUCCUCCAUUGGAGCUCCUACAGUUCCAGCUUCUUCAUAUGGAACACCUUCAGUACCUUCUUCUUCAUAUGGAGCACCCUUAGCAUUUGAAUCAUCCCUUGGAGGACCAUCAGCUUUUGAAUCUUCAUUUGGAGCACCUGAGAUUGGCAGUUCAUAUGCAUCACUUGGACCUGAUAUACCAUUAGGUGAUCUGUCUACACCUGGUUCUUCUUAUGGGGCACCAGCAAUUUCUGGUUCAUCCUUUGGAGGGGCUCCUGUUCCAAGUUCUUUUGGGACACCAUCUAUUCCAAGUUCUUCAUUUGGAAGUCCUGCAUCCAUUGGGUCCUCUUACAGUGCUCCCAUAGCACCAUCUGGAGGAUCAUUUUCUGGCGGCCACAGUACGGGUGGUUCUUUUAGUUCUACUUUUGAUGUAAUCCAUUUAGAUGAUCAUGGCGACCAUGGCCAUGGCGGGGACACUGCUUGUGUACAUCAUGGACACGAUGGCCAUGGAGGCAGCCAUCAUGGUGGAGGUGGAGGUGGUUUUGAUCACCACGGAGGAGGUGGGGGUGGUUUUGAUCACCAUGGAGGAGGUGGGGGUGGUUUUGGUCACCAUGGAGGAGGUGGGGGCAGUAUUGAUCACCAUGGAGGAGGAGGAGGUGGUUAUGGAGGAGGAUCCGGAGGAGGCCAUUUUGGAGGAGGAGGUUUUGAUCAUCAUGGAGGUCUUGAUCACCAUGGAGGAGGUGGAGGUGGAUUUGAUCACCAUGGAGGAGGUGGAGGUGGAUUUGAUCACCAUGGAGGAGGUGGAGGUGGAUUUGAUCACCAUGGAGGAGGUGGAGGUGGUUUUGAUCAUCAUGGAGGAGGAGGAGGAGGUGGCUACGGAGGAGGAUCCGGAGAGGGCCAUUUCGGAGGAGGAGGUCUUGAUCACCAUGGAGGAGGUGGAGGUGGGUUUGAUCACCAUGGAGGAGGUGGAGGUGGGUUUGAUCACCAUGGAGGAGGUGGAGGUGGGUUUGAUCACCAUGGAGGAGGAGGAGGAGGUGGCUAUGGAGGAGGUUCUGGAGGAGUCCAUCUUGGAGGAGGAGGCUUUGAUCACCACGGAGGGGGAGGUUUUGAACACCAUGGAGGUGGAGGUGGUUUUGAUCACCAUGGAGGAGGAGGUGGUGGUUUUGAACAUCAUGGAGGAGGAGGAGGAGGAGGAGGAGGUUAUGGCGGGGGUUCUGUAGGUGGUCAUCUUGGGGGAGGUUUUGGGGGUUUUGGUGCCACUGGAGGUGGAGUUGGAGGUGGUUAUGGAGGGGGAGUAGGAGGUGGUUAUGGAGGGGGCUAUGGUGGAGGAGGAGGUUAUGGCAGUAGCUAUGGUUAUGGAGGUGCUGUUGGUGGGUAUGGAGGCGGAUAUAGUAGUGCUAUCUCAUAUAUUCCGGUGUCAUCACAGAGCAAACCUAAAAAGCCCAAGAAAUCAUUUAAGGGUAUUUUUGAUAAAGUCAAGAAGUGGUUGAAGUGGGAUUAAAGAUGAAAGGUAAAACGUAUCCCAAAGUCAGUUUCUAAUAAUCAAUAAUCAUUUUCAGUGGUUUAUCUCUAGUCCAUUUGGAAUAAGUAUAUUAGGACAAGCACUUUUGGAAAGGUUUGCAAAGACAAUACAAACGCAUUGAUAAUAAGGACGAAACCUUUAAUAUCUUCACGUUUUAGGACGUGGUUCAAAUCUAAUUUAUGCAAUCCGAGGUGAUAACUUGACAUUACAUGAUGUUAGCUUUGAAAACCUUUUCUUGUGUGCCCCUACAAAAUACUCGAUGCAUGCUUCCUACAAAAGUUUUAUUUUUGUGGAAGGAACUCCAAAUAGUGUGCGUAUUAUUUUAUAUGAAAUUUUAUCAAACAUUUGUAAUUGUUCCAAAGUUAUCCAUGUAAUCCUUAAGUUUUGUAAAUAUUCUUUUGUUGCCCGUAAUGUGGUUUUCAUGUGAUUACCUCUAUAUUUUGUAUUUUGUUGUUAUAAGAAAUCAAAAAGCG